GACGUAAUAUAUUCAUGGCCUCUUAAACUAUAAUAAACCCAGAGUAAACUUUACUCUUCACUAACUUAACGUCACUCUGGAAGGGUACUUAAUACAGAAUUCAGAGUACAUUCAUUUCUAAAAAGGGCUAAAUUAUUUUUAAUAUUGUGGAGACUGCCAAAUUAUUUAUAAAAGGCGAUAACAUUAUUAACCUUUACCGUCAGUCGAAGUGGUACCGCUGCCAAAAGCACUGCGUGACUUGCUUGGUUCAUUGUGCGUUUUUGACAAAAAUACGAAUCCCACCAAAUUCCGUGAAACCAAGGAAACAUUUUCUCCAUGAGAUGAAGCUCCUCGUAACAUUGGCCUUACUCCUCGUCGCCCAAUUUCACCUCGUCCCGAGAUGCCAAGCAGGUGUCACAGAUUUCUCAGAGGCCGCGGAGGUUGAGGAGACAACUGCCGACUUUAUUGCAGGAUUGAACAAGACUCUGGAAAUAGCGGUUCAGAAUUCCAUCAUGGAAGUAACCAGUGGCGUACGUAAUGCCGAAUUUGUGUCCAACCUCUUCUUCUCCAACCUCCAGACGGGCACGCAUGCCUUGCUCGACACUAUUAAAGAGGAAGGGAAGAAUAAAUUUGGCGGUGAGGACAGCUAUAACGCCACGAUGCAAAACAUGACAAUGUUCGUAGACAAUUUGCUGAACGAAAUUCAACUCGUCAAGAACACGACAUUCCUCGAGAUUCACAAAAUUUCGGAAGAUUUUGUCUCCAAUGUGAAGGAAAGUUUGGGCGUGAUUGAUCAAAUCGCGAAGGAUUUGGAAAAUUGUCGAGCACCGGUGAAUUGUCGCGCACGCGCGGAAGUCAAGGUGCAACAAGCGGAGGAUAGCAUGUCAUUCGCGGCGUAUCAAGUGGUAGGACAGAUUCGGGAUAAAUUUGCAAGAUCUGAAACAGACGGGAGAUUAGUAGCGAUUAAAGCGAGUGAGGUGGACAAUCAGUUUGAAAGUUUGGAGGAUGUACACUCUUAGAAACAAACCUAUUCAAAUUUUUUUCCUGCUUCCAAAAUUCAUUCCUUUCGAAAAUAAAUGUGAAUUAUUCAUUCAUUAUUCAUUCAUUCAUUCGUCUCAUGUAUUUAAGAUAGGGCUCCUCCUUUGUUCUAGGCAAUUUAUAUAAUUUUGCUUACCUUGUUUUUUAAAAUUAGUAAAUCAGAUUAACUAAUGUAAAGAAGCAUGAUAAAUUAUUUGGAUCUACUAAAUGUAUAAAACGUGCAGCAUUUGUAUUUCAAAAAGUA